UUGUUCAGACAACUAGCGGACAGAUUUCAACUAACUUUAUUGAACAGCCGCUCAAGAAGGUUUCAAAGCAACAGUUUUUAACCAGGCGGUAGUCUGUAACAAAGGUUGUGAAUAUAUUCGACAGAAUGGGUCGUUGACAGGGUUUCAUUGCCUUUCCCCAUGGGUUCCUUCCCGUGUUGAACCUACAACAAAGAGGAUCCAUCUACAGGAAUGGACAUGGCCUCGGCAGAGAAUCAGAGGGAGUGCCAACUGGACCCGGAGGAGAUGGAGGGCAUCUGCGUGAUGCCAGGGGUGGGUGGUGCCAUUAAGGCAGAGCACCAGGUGGACGUGAGCACAGAGGACCCUGGCUCCCAAAACGUGGCCAUGGGCAUCAAGUUCAUUCUGCCCAACCGCUUCGACAUGAAUGUCUGCUCACGCUUUGUCAAAUCGCUCAACGAGGAGGACAGCAAAAACAUCCAGGAUCAGGUCAACUCAGACUUGGAGGUGGCGUCUGUCUUGUUUAAAGCUGAAUGUAACAUUCAGACUUCGCAGUCACCGGGAAUCCAGGUGCGACAUGUCUACACGCCGUCCACUACCAAGCAUUUCUCUCCCAUCAAGCAGUCCACCACGCUCACCAACAAGCACCGUGGCAAUGAGGUCUCAUCCACGCCAUUGCUGGUUCACUCCCUGUCUAUUCACCAGCUGGCCGCUCAAGGGGAGAUGGUGUUCCUGGCCAGCAGGAUCGAACAAGAGACGGUGAUCAACCUGCAGGAUGAGGAAGGAUUCACCCCUCUGAUGUGGGCAGCGGCUCAUGGGCAGAUUGCCGUCGUGGAGUUCCUGCUGCAGAACGGUGCAGACCCCAACAUCCUGGCUAAGGGGAGAGAGAGUGCCCUAUCACUGGGCUGCAGUAAGGGCUACACUGACAUUGUCAAAAUGUUAAUUGAUUGUGGCGUGGAUGUUAACGAAUAUGACUGGAAUGGUGGUGCCCCUUUGCUGUAUGCCGUUCAUGGGAAUCACGUGCGCUGUGUGGAACUCCUUCUUGAUAGUGGAGCAGAUCCGACUAUUGAGUCUGACUCUGGUUUCAAUGCCAUGGACAUGGCAGUGGCAAUGGGCCACAGAAAUGUUCAACAGGUCAUGGAAGCCCAUCUGUUAAAGCUUCUACAAGGAAUUAAAGAUUGACUGUGAAGAAUUGAAGUGAGAGCAGAAAUCAAUGGGUGUACUUCAAGCACUUUAAAUCAACAAUCUUUCUGCUUUUCAUUGGUAUAAUAUAAACAUUUUUGUUUUCAGUUACCCUUAUUUCUUGGGUACAGGUGCUACAUACAUGUAGCUAUUAAACAGCACAUAUUUAAAAAAAAAAAAAAAAAAAACUAAUUAUUACAUUGACAAAGUCAUGUGUAGAAGGUUCCCAUGUUAAUUGUUACAUUUUAACAGCCUUUAAAGUAUUACUAAUAUCUUUAAAAGUUGAUUAGACCAAACAUGGGAAAGUUUGUUUUCCAAUUUUUCUGAACAAAGGACUAAGUAAAUGUAAUUACACAAUGAGACUUACUUAGCCAUGUUUAAUUUCUGUGGUUGCUGAAGUUGUGAUAUUGGUCGUGAUAUGUGUGAUGUUUUGUGUCAUAUUUAUUUUUGCGUAGUUUGGUGUGAAUUUGUGAUUUUAUUUUUCUUUUUGUGUAGCAUACAUCCCUAUCUUAGGGGUGUCAUCUAUGCAUGAAGGGAGUACAGGCGACAGCUAACACUCAUUUUUUUUUUUUAAAUCUAAUUGUUUUCGGUUAGAAACAAGCAGCAGUUAAGCAGGAAACCGCUUAUGAAUGAAAAGCAAAUUCAAGGCACUGGAGUUGGAUGGUGACAUAAUCAGUGUUAGACUGAUUAAGUUGUAAUUUUGGUAUGUGUUUUAUACACAAGCAUGCUGUUUUUCAGACAAUUUAUUAAAAUCAUUUAAAUUGUG